AUGGAUAUUAAGAAAAUAUUGAUACUCGUCGCUAUUUUCGCGACAGUUAUCGCCGAGAACGAUGUCGAGAAGAAUAAAGAAGCCCUGGCGGCGAAAAAAGGACAGUCGCGGUCGGCCUCACCCGAGCCGGUGCGAGGCUCCUUUCAGAAGCUCUCGAACCUAAUGAACAGGAGCGAGGAGUUCAAGAACCGGCGCCGGGGUAAGCAGCACAUCAGCAAGCUGCUGCAAAUCGGCCCGAGAAACGCACACGAGAACAUGAUGAAUGAUAACGAGGGAGCGAUCUCCAAUCAGAAGUCAAUUACUGAUAACGACACCAACUCCUUGACCAAAAUAAAGACUAUGCGCCCGGCAGGUUCCACCUACGAGGCGACAUAUAAGAGCACCCAUGUGCCACAAGUAGUCGGAGGCUUCUGUAACUUCGAGCCGACGAAUUCUACAGACAUUUGUAUGUGGCAGUGGAAUCAGACGACCUCCAGUCACGGCCUGGGGUUCAAAGUGGUGACACCGGCGGAUGUAGAGCAGAUGAACCAAACGACGCAAGGCUUGAAGUUCUCCGCGCCCGCCUUGGACGCGGAUUUUAGGAAAGAUGGUCACUUCCUCUACCUACCAGUGGACCCAACAAUGGAGAACAUGGUGAUAAAAUCGCCACCUUUUCGCGGUCUUCGCGAAUUUUGCAAGUUCGAAGUAAAAAUGCACCAAAGUAAAAUGCAGAACGCAAGCAUCAGGUUGGUGUCAGAAUCAACCAUUUCAGAAGUCCAAUGGAUUCUACAGGAAUUCGCUGGAAAUAACGUUGAAUUGUGGCAACCAAUGCGCUUCAUGAUUGGGAAAGUCCAGCAAGAAGUGCGCAUCAUAAUAGAGAUAACAAAGCCGAACUACGUCAGCGUCACCCAAGUUCUGCCCCAUAUAGCCAUAGACAACAUUCGGAUGGUGGAGUGCUUGCCUGAACCACCUGUUUACAACGGGGAGUGCCAGUUUAGGCAGCUCAAAUGUAAAAUUAUGAAGAAGGAUUCCUGCAUCAAGUCGCAACAAAUCUGCGAUUUAGUCAAGGAUUGUGACGACGGAGUGGAUGAGCACCAGAACUGCGUGAAAAUGCCAUACGGAUCUUAUUGCAACUUUGAACAUGACACGUGCGGCUUCGAAAAUGUGCCUCAGCCCAUUUUGAAAUGGUCUCGCCACAGCGGGCCCACGCCCACGGACAAAACUGGCCCCAACUACGACCACACCUGUGGUCCCCCACAAAUCCUAUACACAACGACGAAUCCUAUAAUACCUUUGUCGCCUGCGCAUAGGAAUUAUUCAAUUUCCUCCUGCGUGGGAUAUUAUUUCUUUGUAAAUAUGAAUGUGACUGGACCAAAUAAGGAGAGGGCAGAUUUCGCGUCUACUGCUGUUAUGAAGACUGUGGUUUUUAAUCCACCACCAAAAGUUCAUGGGAACAUAACUUCGAAAUAUUAUAACUGCUGCACGAUUCGCUUCUAUUAUCAACAAAACGGCCGAAACUAUGGAUCGCUAAGCGUUGAUGUUGUCGAGCUUACUUCAAGGGGGAACAUAACAACAUCACUCUGGUUCUCCACCAAGGAUAAAGGGGAAAAUUGGUAUAGAGCUGCAAUUUUCCUGCCCAAUAUUACGAGCAGGUAUUACUUCCUGUUCAAAACGCGCAUGGGCAUGAGGAUAUACUCAGAUUCAGCGAUAGACGACUUUUCAAUGGCACCAGAAUGCUUCGGGCUAAAUAUAAACGCGUCAGAACUGGGAGAUUAUAAUUAUUACGACCCAGUGUUUGAAGAGAAGACGACGCCGCAUGUAGAUUUCGCUGAGUCGACGUUGUAUCGCUUCACAACCUGUGGAGCCACAGGGCGUCUUGGUCCAAAUCAAACUUUAUGUGAUACUGCAUAUAAAAACACAUCUGUAUCUGUAACCGUGGUGCAUUCACCACCAUACAACGGGAUUCAAGUGUGGGAAGUACCGAACGAGGGAUUGUAUACGAUUAUAGCUACAGGAGCCAGCGGGGGUUUAGGGUCAAUGUGGGCCGGAGUGUCCCACGGCGCUCAGGCAAGGGGACUGUUUGAGUUGCAUCGUUCUGAAAAGAUAUACAUGCUUAUUGGGCAGCAGGGCCUAAAUGCUUGCAAAAAGACAUUAUCGGCACAAGAGAGCCAAGAAUGUUCUCGGCGAGACACAAACGACACCUACCAAGUUUUCACAAGCAAAACCCACGAAGUGCGGAACACACACGUUAAUGACGGCGGUGGUGGUGGAGGCGGCGCCACCUAUGUUUUUUUGCUAGGUAAAAAUGGACGCCCCAUCCCUCUACUAGUUGGCGGAGGCGGUGGUGGGAUAUCUGUGGGGGUGUUCAGAGAUGACAAUUCCCAGCACGCCAGGGGCAGGACUAACGCUACACCAGAAUCUGGUUACAUGUAUGGAACACCUGGAAGAACUUCCGGAGCAGGUGGAGGUUGGCUUAGCCGUCGUGGGCCGAUAACCCCCGGCUUUGAGUUGGUGCGUGGGUCUGCACUGCAAGAAGGGGGCAUCGGAGGCCUGGCUUGUAAUGGCGGAGCUCAUGGGGGAUUUGGAGGAGGCGGUGGGGGGUGUUUGCGCGGUGGAGGUGGUGGCGGAUGGGCUGGUGGCAGCACUCACGAUGGCGUGGGUAAACAUGGUGAAGGUGGCUGGUCAUAUAUAGAUAAUACUAGAGCUAUCAAAGAGUACAGCUCCGCUGGAGUAGCUUUGAGGACUGGACCUGGGGAGGUUCUUAUAAUUCCUGCCAUACAUGCAUGCGGCUGUAACUACCGCUGCGUCGCAAUGAAUGAAUACAGGAGUGAUGUCAAGUGUUAUUGUCCCGCUUCUUGGUCUACUGACGUCAAUGACGCUACUAAAUGUAUAUUGGAGGAAGCCUGGUCCCAAGGCUGGUGGAUUCUCAUCAUAGUCCUUUGCGUGAUCGGAUUUGUCUGUAUGGUGACUGUGCCGUGUGUUUGUUUGCAUUUGUACAACAAAUACCAGCGCAAAAAGGAAGCUGAACUGCAUCAGAAAAGACUUCUAGAACAAGAAGUUCAGUUGCAUAGACUCCGAACAGCACCUGGUGGUAGCGAGAAUGCUCUAGGCAUGGCCUUCAACCCUCACUAUGGAAGCGAAAGCUUCUUCCCUAUGGGAAUUGACGUUAAGGGUCUCCCGCAAGUGGCGAGAGAAAAAUUGAAGCUAAUCAAGGCGCUUGGUCAAGGGGCCUUUGGUGAAGUGUACCAAGGUCUCUACAAGCAUCAGCCAGGAGAUACAGUAGAAAUGCCGGUCGCUGUUAAAACUCUUCCUGAACUCUCUACCGGUCAAGCAGAAUCGGAUUUCCUGAUGGAAGCUGCUAUUAUGGCUAAAUUCAAUCACCCAAAUAUUGUACACAUUAUUGGUGUUUGCUUUGAUCGACAUCCACGGUUUAUUGUCUUAGAACUACUCGGUGGAGGUGAUCUAAAGCAAUUUCUCAGAGACAAUCGUCCCAAACCAGACCGCGCAAGCGCAUUAACUAUGAAAGAUCUCAUUCUUUGCUCUCUUGAUAUAUGUAAGGGUUGCAAGUAUUUGGAGUCACAGAGGUUUAUACAUCGGGACAUAGCAGCUCGUAAUUGCCUACUAACAUCUCGAGGUCCCGGACGCGUCUGUAAAAUCGCUGACUUCGGAAUGGCCCGAGAUAUCUACCGUGCAGAUUACUAUAGAAAAGGGGGCAAAGCCAUGCUCCCGAUUAAGUGGAUGCCACCAGAAGCCUAUAUUGAUGGGGUUUUCACCGCUAAAACUGAUAUUUGGUCAUUUGGAGUUCUCUUGUGGGAGGUGUUUUCACUCGGUGUAAUGCCGUAUACAGGCUGUUCAAAUCGUGAGGUGAUGCAGCUCGUAUCUGGCGGUGGACGACUGGACAAACCGUAUGGUUGCCCACCAGAUGUAUACCGGCUCAUGUGUGAAUGUUGGAACCCCAAUCCGGAAGAACGACCAUCAUUUGCACAGAUGUAUGAGCGUUUACAGAGGUUCCUGCAGGACCCAGAAAUAACAAACGCACCACUUCCCAUGAUGAGGUCUCUCAUACCCAUGCACAGCGAUCGCUAUUUUGACGAACUCAACGGAAUAACGCGCUCGUCAGCGUGUGACUACCUCGUUCCGCUGUCACCCCAGGAGCAGACUCCAGAUGAUAGCUCAACGGAUCCGUUGGUGCCUCAUAGCAAUGCGCCAACGGCGACAUCAGACAGCCCCGAAACGGAGGCUUCACCAUAUCCACCUCUACUGAAAGCAUCACAAGAAUAUGGCAACAUUCCAAUGGCGUCCAAGACCGCCGGGAGCACAAAAUGCGAGGGUUAUACUGUUUCCGGCGCAGAGAGUCGGACCAGCACAAAGUUUCUGCCGUCUAAUUCCACAGACAGGUUAUUAAGUUCAGUAGAAGUGGAUUCGUUAGAAGGAGAUUCGGAGAUAGAGACAGAUGUAAAGCCGGCCAUCUGGGAGACAUCUUUCAUUGAGACUAAUAAGCACGCUAUCGAGCACAAACCGAACUCAGAUAACGGACCCAUAAUUGAGAAGCUCAUUAGCAUCACCCCGACUUCACCAAAGCCCCCAGAAAACGUACUGUCUGCCAGUAUAGAAGGCAAGACUCUAGAUAAGAAUAAAAUAAAGCCAGACAAAAGCAAUACUGCUCCUGAAAAAGCCAAACUGGUCGCUGAUAAGAAUAAAGUAAAUACUGAUGGAGGUUUAUUGGUUGGAGAGAAAAGUAUAAUAGGGCCUGAAAAACAUUUAAUAAUGCCGGAUAGGAACAAAAACACGCUCGGCAUUGAAAACAAAACAGCGCCAAUAGCUUCUCCAGACCCACCACGCAUUAACGCGUGGGGUAAAGACCUUCCUAAACAAUUACCAAAGCCUAAACCUCUGUGUCUAGACGCGGCUCAGUUAGAACAAAACCUAAACGCCUUAAAGAAAAAUAGUGGUUCAGUAAACUUAACAACUAUGAAUAUAGUGCCUCCAUACAUAAAUGUGGUCACACCGAAGAAAUUAGCGGAAUCAAAAACUAUACAGAUCGACCCUAAGAAAGCUGUAAUCCACGACCUCCAACCAGUAACCGAAAACGAGGAUAAGAACAAAUUGAAACAGUCAAGUUCAGCUGCGAGUUUAUUAAAUGGUCCUCUCACCGAUGUCCCAUACGCUGAUAGCGAUAAUACGUCGUCCAGUUCGGGUAGUAUGGCGGGAAAUUCCCGGAAUAAAAGCUAUCCAGAUAUUAACGCGGUGAACGGUAAGAGCAAAGUUAAGAAACAGGGUAGCGACGGUGAUAAAGGCACCGAUGUGGAGAUUAGCUGCUAA